AUGGUGGGCUGCGCCGGGGCGCCCGCGGCUUCUGUGCUCCGGAGGCUAUGCUCCGGGCCCCGGCUCCCCACAGGUUAUGCAAGCAGUGCCAGCAUCAGAUUUUGUAGUACGGGAAAGACCUAUGAAAAUAUCAACCAUGCCACUGUAGAUCGUAUCAUCCGGGUGGAUCAUGCAGGGGAAUAUGGAGCCAACCGCGUAUAUGCUGGACAAAUGGCUGUACUAGGUAGAACAAAUGUCGGACCAGUUAUUCAGAAAAUGUGGGAUCAAGAAAAGGCCCAUUUGAAAAAGUUUAAUGAGUUGAUGGUUAAAUUUAGAGUCCGGCCAACCAUUCUGAUGCCUUUUUGGAAUGUAAUGGGCUUUGUACUGGGUGCUGGGACAGCCUUACUUGGGAAGGAAGGGGCAAUGGCUUGCACUGUGGCUAUAGAAGAGUCAAUAGCACACCAUUAUAACAACCAGAUUAGGACAUUGAUGGAAGAAGAUCCAGAAAAGUAUGAAGAACUCCUUCAGAUAAUUAAACAGUUUCGGGAGGAGGAGCUAGAGCGCCACAACACUGGGCUUGACCAUGAUGCGCAGUUGGCACCAGCAUACGCCAUCUUGAAAGGCGCUAUUCAGGUUGGAUGCAAAGCUGCAAUAUAUUUAUCAGAACGAUUUUAAAAUAAUUCUUUGU